GCGCGCAGAUGGCUCUGGGCGGCGUGAUGCUGCGGACGACGCUCCGCCUCUGCACUCUGUCGCGACGCGUCCGCUCGGCCUCCGCCGCUUCCAGCGCCUCCAUGUCGACGCUGCUGAUCAGCCAAGGCCGCUACUCGUGGCUCCAGGAGCUGGGGCUUCGCGAGGAGAACGAGGGCGUCUACAAUGGCUCCUGGGGAGGCCGAGGAGAGGUCGUGACGACAUACUGCCCUGCAAACAAUCAGCCAAUUGCCAGAGUUCGUCAGGCCAGUAUCGAAGACUAUGAAGAAACACUAAAGAAAGCUAAAGAAGCCUGGAAAGUAUGGGCAGAGGUUCCUGCACCCAAACGAGGAGAAAUUGUGAGACAGAUUGGUGAUGCCCUGAGAAAGAAAAUCAAUGUUUUGGGAAAUCUGGUUUCUUUGGAGAUGGGGAAGAUCUCUGCUGAGAGUGUUGGCGAAGUCCAAGAAUAUGUAGAUGUCUGCGACUAUGCAGUUGGCUUAUCCCGGAUGAUUGGUGGACCUGUCUUGCCUUCGGAAAGGCCUGGGCAUGCCUUAAUAGAACAAUGGAAUCCUUUGGGAUUAGUAGGAAUCAUCACAGCUUUCAACUUUCCUGUAGCAGUUUAUGGCUGGAACAACGCAAUUGCAAUGGUCUGUGGCAACGUUUGCCUCUGGAAAGGUGCUCCCACAACGUCGCUCGUUAGUGUCGCUGUUACAAAAAUAGUUGCCCAGGUUCUGGAGGACAACAAAUUGCCUGGUGCUAUCUGCUCUCUGGUCUGUGGUGGGGCAGAUAUUGGCAAAGCGAUGGCAAAGGAUGAAAGAGUGGAUCUCUUGUCCUUCACUGGCAGCACCAAUGUGGGCAAGCAGGUAGCGAUGGCGGUUCAGGAGAGAUUUGGACGGUCUCUGUUGGAGCUUGGUGGAAACAACGCUAUUAUAGUCUUCGACGAUGCCGACCUUCAGCUGGUCAUUCCGUCGGCCCUCUUUGCGGCUGUGGGGACAGCAGGCCAGAGAUGCACAACUGCCAGAAGGCUGUUUUUGCAUGAAAGCAUCCAUGAUGAAGUGGUGGAGAAACUUGUAAAGGCGUACGCACAAGUCCGUAUUGGAGAUCCUUGGGACGCAAACACCCUCUAUGGCCCUCUGCACACGGAGCAAGCGGUGAAGUUGUAUGUUGAUGCUGUGGCCCAGGCCAAACAGCAAGGCGGCUCUGUGGUCUAUGGUGGGAAGGUUAUAGAUCGUCCCGGAAACUAUGUUGAGCCGACCAUUGUGACUGGCCUUCCACAUAAUGCGCCGAUCGUGCAGACGGAGACGUUUGUCCCUAUUUUGUACGUGAUAAAAUUUAAGACGGAAGAAGAAGCCUUUGCAUGGAAUAACGAAGUAAAACAAGGUCUCUCCAGUAGCAUCUUUACCAAAGAUUUGGGCAGGAUAUUCCGCUGGCUCGGGCCAAAGGGAUCAGACUGUGGCAUUGUAAACGUCAAUAUUCCAACCAGUGGGGCUGAAAUUGGAGGUGCCUUUGGCGGUAAUAAACACACUGGAGGCGGAAGGGAAUCUGGCAGCGAUUCGUGGAAGCAAUAUAUGAGGCGAUCCACUUGCACCAUCAAUUACAGCAAGGAUUUGCCUUUGGCUCAAGGAAUCAAGUUCCAAUAGCAUCCUUGCAAAUGUGCUACCCUGGCUGAACUUUGCGUUGAAGAAUCAAGUCCCUGUUGAUUUGAAAUGUUGGACGUGGCACUCCCUGAAAUCAUGUGGCGUUGAGGAUAUUUGACUGCUCCAGUGUCCCCGGAGACAUACUGAGGGUCCCUCGUGGCCCCUGGCCCCAAAUCCCUUUGCCGCGAUAGCCGUAUCAAAAAGGACUGCAUUUUAUGGAACCCAAGUACUCAAAAGGGUCUGGAGAGGAGGAAGGCUGAAAAAAGCUGUCUUUGUGCUACAGUGUGAGGAGGACGGGAACAUUCUCCUACGUCCAAUCUCUCGGUGCAUCACAACACAAAUAUACAGGCACACCUCGUUUCAUUGUGCUUCAAUUCAUGGCCCUUUGCAUAUAUUUUUCCUGGCCACUUCCAGGGUAAGGAAGCCCCACACCCCACAUGCCGCCCCACUUUUAGCCGCAGAAGUGGAGUUGAAGCUGUUCCCCCCCCCUCCUGCCCCCGCAGCCAGGCGAGCCAGCUUAAUAGACUAUAGUACGGUGCAAACAUCACUUUUAUACGCACUGGGAAACCCCUCCAAAUUGUGUGACUUGCUUCAUAUUGCAAAUUCGGCUCGCCGCAAUAUCUCCGAGGUAUGCCUGUAUAUCAUGCACUCCGUAAUCGUCUGCCUUCAAACCGCCUUGCCAUUGCUCCUACUGCUCAGCUCCCAAUCUUACACAGACGACUGGAAACAGAUUUUGGGGGGUGAUUUUUGCGCCCAGCUCCUCCCCCCCAGGCCAAUUUUGUCGACCGCCAGGUAUGUCCCUGAGAGUCCCUUUCUAGAAAUCCCAAUUAGGCAGAAUAUUUGCACACAUUUUAAUCAUGUAUCUGGGACUCUGACGCUGUACUUGAGUCCCAGCGAAGCACCGGUAUCUUUUUGAAUCUUAGAUCAUGAUCUAUAAAAUCCUACAACGCCGCCUGUGCCUGUUGCAUUGGUCACGCACAACUAAACUGUGCCAAAGUGUAUUGGAAAGGAUUCCUAUAUAGCCGGUUGCAAUGCAGAAAUAAAACUUCUACGUCUCUUGCUAUCCUGA